GGGGAACAGAAUGCAACCCGGGAUCUAGAGAGCUGUCACAUUCCAAGAAAUAUUUAAAUUGUGCUGAUUUUCUUCUGGAGAACUGAGCCCAGGGAAUGAAACUCUCCAUCAAGUCAUAGCUUUGCGGGCAAUAGAUCAGAGGAUAUUGCCAGUUUUCUAAUGGAUUAUUGUUAUCGGGCAGGUUUUCUCUGAAGGGGCUGGAGAUCAGCCAGAUCAGUUGUAUGCACAAAGCCGCUUUGGAUCUGUCUUUUCAAACAAGAGCUGCAGAAAGCGAGACAGCAAGGUUGAAGCUUUAUCCCACUCUGACUCGCCCAGAAAGCACAACCCUGAUUUUGUAUGAGAAGGACUAUCUCUACAGAACCUAAAAUAUAAUCAACAGUUUCUGUACAGGACAGAUUAUGACAGCUUCUUUCUUAAGGAGAGAAUGUUUAAAUUUUAUCAGAUGAAACAUACUUUUCAAAUACUAGAUAAAAUGAGAUGCUUGCGAAAACGUUCUACAGUGUCAUUCUUGGGAGUUCUUGUCAUUUUCCUCCUAUUUAUGAAUUUGUACAUUGAAGAUAGCUAUGUUCUGGAGGGUGACAAACAGCUCAUAAGGGAAACAUCCACACAUCAACUAAAUUCAGAGCGCUAUGUUCAUACUUUCAAGGAUUUAUCUAAUUUCUCAGGGGCCAUAAAUGUCACCUAUCGCUACCUAGCUGCCACACCUUUACAAAGAAAACGGUAUCUUACCAUUGGACUUUCAUCAGUGAAACGAAAAAAAGGCAACUAUUUACUUGAGACAAUCAAGUCAAUUUUUGAGCAAUCCAGCUAUGAAGAGUUGAAGGAAAUUUCAGUAGUAGUUCAUCUGGCGGACUUUAAUUCAUCCUGGCGUGAUGUCAUGGUCCAGGAUAUUACACAAAAGUUUGCCCAUCAUAUCAUUGCAGGAAGAUUAAUGGUUAUACAUGCUCCUGAAGAAUAUUACCCAAUUUUGGAUGGUCUUAAAAGAAAUUACAAUGAUCCAGAAGAUAGAGUCAAAUUUCGUUCCAAGCAAAAUGUAGAUUAUGCUUUUCUGCUUAAUUUUUGUGCCAAUACUUCAUAUUAUUAUGUAAUGCUCGAAGAUGAUGUCCGAUGUUCCAAAAAUUUCUUAACUGCCAUCAAGAAAGUCAUUGCGUCCUUAGAAGGAACUUACUGGGUAACUCUUGAGUUCUCUAAGCUUGGCUACAUUGGUAAACUUUAUCAUUCUCAUGAUCUCCCACGUUUGGCACAUUUUUUAUUAAUGUUUUAUCAAGAAAUGCCUUGUGAUUGGCUGUUGACUCAUUUUAGAGGUCUGUUGGCUCAGAAAAAUGUGAUCCGGUUUAAACCAUCUCUCUUUCAGCACAUGGGUUAUUAUUCCUCAUAUAAAGGAACUGAGAAUAAGCUGAAGGAUGAUGAUUUUGAAGAGGACUCAUUUGACAUUCCUGAUAACCCCCCUGCAAGUCUGUACACCAAUAUGAAUGUGUUUGAAAAUUAUGAAGCAAGCAAAGCUUACAGUAUUGUUGAUGAGUACUUUUGGGGAAAACCACCUUCAACAGGAGAUAUCUUUCUUAUUGUUUUUGAAAAUCCAACUAUAAUCAAAAAAAUUAAAGUGAAUACUGGGACAGAAGAUCGGCAAAAUGACAUUUUGCAUCAUGGAGUCCUUGAUGUUGGGGAAAAAGUUAUACUUACCAAACAAAUAAAACGUUGUGAUUCUUACUUAAGACUAGGGGAAUUCAAAAAUGGAAACUUUGAAAUGUCAGAUGUGAAUCAAAAAAUUCCAUUUGAUAUACACUGUAUGAGGAUAUGUGUUACCAAAACACAAAAGGAGUGGCUGAUUAUUAGAAGCAUUAGCAUUUGGACUUCUUAGCCAAUUAAAUCAGUAUGUUCAUUUGCUGAAA